AUGGCUUUGAAUCCCCUGCAAAUUUCUGGACUGGUUCUCGGAUUCCUCGGCAUGGUUGGGACUCUUGCUACAACUCUUCUGCCUCAGUGGAGAGUGUCUGCCUUCAUUGGGAGCAACAUUGUGAUAUUCGAAAGGAUCUGGGAAGGACUCUGGAUGAAUUGUAUCCAACAAGUCAAUGUUAGAUGGCAGUGCAAAUACUACAGCUCUAUUCUGGCUCUCCCACCUGCCUUGGAAGCAGCCCGAGCGCUGAUGUGUGUGGCAGUUGCCCUGUCCUUGAUUGCCUUGUUGGUUGGCAUCUGCAGCAUGAAGCAAGUUCAGUGUACUGGCUCUAAAGAGCAUGUCAAAGCUUACUUCUUGGGAGCAUCUGGAGUCCUUUUCAUUCUAACAGGGAUCAUCGUUCUUAUUCCUGUGUCCUGGACAGCCAAUCUCAUCAUCAGGGACUUCUACAAUCCAACCAUCCACGUAGGACAGAAACGGGAGCUGGGAGCUGCACUCUUCCUUGGCUGGACAAGUUCAGCAGUUCUCCUUAUUGCAGGGGCUCUUCUUUGUAGUGUUUGUUUUUGCAAAAGAAGAACGAGGAGGCACAGAUGCUCAGCACCAAGACACCGAGUGCACUACAAACCUCAGAACCAAGAUAUGACGGCAAGUAAGACCUCUAUCAGUUAUGUCUAGCACCUGCUAGCUCAGAAUAUGGACUUAGGUCAAGGCUCUGCUUAUUUAUCUCUCUCUCGAAACUGUAAGAUUGGAAAGAGGGAGAGGUUGGUGGUCCAUGACUGGUUAUAAAUUGUGGUAGAGCCCAUAAAGGAUUGUGUUCUUUCACCAGAGUUAAGAAUAAAAAUUAUUUUUAACAAGUAGUCAAUUCAUUUUAAAUGAUUUGCUUACUGUUGAAACUGAGUAAUCUUCAUCUCUACUUCUGCUUCUGCCCAAAAUGCCUAGUGGCCAUGUAGACCUGAUUUUUUUGUCCUGUGAUGGAAAUUCUUAUGCCAUGGGGGG